AUGGAACUACGGAGACAAAUACUAGAAGAAGAGUUCGAUGAUACUGAGAUAGAAUCACCGGAGAAACUAGUCAAAAACUCAGAAAUAGCAAAACCAGGCAAUGAAUUAACAACAAAAUCGUUUUCAAAAUUUAGAUACAACCAUAAUUCUGACCAGCUUCAGGAUUUCAGUAAUGAAUCACUAGCUGAAAAAGGUAGGACAACGUCUUUUGGAAAAAAAUUUCAGAUACCAUCAAGAAUUAUAAGAUCACCUCCUUCAUUAAAAUUUGAUAAGUAUAGUCCAAUAAAGAAGUCAUCAAUUGAAUCAGAAGUACUUGGAAAACAUCUGAAAAGUAUAGAAAUCGAUAAUAAACAUGAUAAUAUACAACUGCCAAACAGAAUUAAUGACAAUUAUAUCAACUUACUUCCAACAAAUGGUCGUACUAGCAAACCCAUUACUAAUAAAGGAUUCAAAUUGAAAAAUUCGAUUGGUAUUAGAGUGAAUGAUUCUACCACCAGAAACAACGAAAUUCCAACUCAAACAUCUCCUAGACAUACUUCAUCUGCAGCCUCUGGAACUUAUAACAAAAUCUUUAAAUCCACACUCACGAAACAAUAUCCAAAAGAAGAGAAAAGGGGUUAUCAAACUACUACCAAACAGUCAAUUUUAGAUAAAGUCAAUAGUACUUUGGAAUCAUUGCAAAAAGACCAAAUAUCUCUGACUUCCAAAAGCAAUAACGAAACACUGAAAAGCUUCGGCCGACUUGAAUUUCAGGAGCCUGAGUUCGAGAUUGAAGUUGAAACUCGACAGUUAAAUAAUGGGAAAAUGCCUCCUUUGGAUGUUUCUACACCCAUCAUCAAUAGAUCUAAUGCAACUACCUCAGAUGUCAAUAAUGCUUGGUGGCCAGUUUCCAAGUGGUUGAAAUUGAAAAGAGUUGUCCAUCUGCCAUCCAUCGGAAGAGAGGACGCAAUCAAUAGUCUGUUGUUGAUGAGAGAGUUGGGAUGCUAUGAUAAAGAAGAAUUAGAAUCGAGAUAUGACUUCAUGGAACGUUACCGGCCAAACAAAAGUAAUCAGCUGGGAAACAAAAAAUAG